AUGGACCGGAAGCGGAACGAUAACCGAACAUCUCCACUUCUGCAAAACGGAACGAUCAGGCGAGCGACGGGAACGAAAGCCGGAGGCACGGGUCACCGACGAGCGGGAUCCAAACUCAUGGGAACGGGAAAGGAACCAACGCGGGCACAUCCCGUGCGGGACGUGACGAGAGUCUGCAGCGGCGGCAAAACAGCGGUCUUGAGGUUGGAAAUACUCGGCUAUCAGUGUGAAGGUCUUUUGGACACAGGGGCGUCGAGAAGUUUUAUUCAACCGACCGUCGUCAAGAAAUUAGGACUGAGAACGAGGGCAUUGACAGAGGAAUAUUCCUUCACAGUGGCGAACGGAGAGGUUAUCAGGAUCUAUACGGAGGUCCCGAGGCUGACGAUAAUUUGUGGGCGCGAAUGCUUCACUGGCAACUUUCUAGUAGGCCAGGUACCCUAUGCAGUCAUUCUCGGGAUAGAUUGGCUUGACAAAUAUAAGGUAGCGUGGUUCUUCGAAUCGGACAGACUUAGAACAUACGUAAACGGCAGAAUGCACAGCCUACCGGUGUUAAGGAAAGAGGGCGAGAGACUCGAUGGUACCCCCAGAACGCGGGAGACACCUAAAACAGAAACGGACUGCGCCUACGAAGCACUCGCUCAUCAAAUAUCUCAGAUGACAGCUGAGGAAGCCGCAGUAUUUUUACGCCCCACACCUAAGCGCUACAAGGCGAAGACUAGGCGGAAACGCGGUAUUAAAAUCAAGGACCUCAUCAAUCGCGCUAGGAAGAAUACGGAAGAAAUGAAAGGAGCAACUGAAGGAUUGAACUGCAUCAUUAUGUUGCCAGAAACGGGAGUCGUUUUAGACAAGCACAGGGCAGGGGCACAUGGGAAGGGAAUGUCCCUUGCGUAA